AAUGAAAUUCGUUUGAAUGAAACACAUCUUCGUGUGGCGUUUAGUCGUUUUUAAGCAUUUAAAGUGUUCGUUUGUGUUCAAUAACGAUUAUUAAAUAACCGAGUGUUUGAAUAAAAAGAAGUAUAAAAGUUGAAUCAACUGAAAGUUUUUCAAUAAAUUUGUGCAUUUUUGUAUUAAACGGAGAAGAUAUUUAACCGAAAGAAAAAAUGGCAACCGAAGUAGCUAAUCAGCAAGUAACUCCAAAUGCAACAGAGGAAAAUACCGCUGAAACGAAAGCAGAAGAAACUGCUGUCGUAAAGGAUGAACAAAAGUCGGACGAAGCAACCAAAAAUAAUGCCGAAAAUCAUAGCGAAGCUCCAGCAGCCGGUGCUCCUGCAAAAGUUGUCGCGCCCAAAAUUACAGUGCACAAAGCUGACUUUGAAAAGGAUAUUAUCUAUUUGUAUCAGUUUUCGAGGACCCCAUUUUUGCCAUCUCUAUCACCAUAUUGUCUAAAAGUUGAGACUUGGUUGAGAUUGGCUGGCUUGAAAUACGAGAAUGUCGACCAUAAACUGAAACUCCGAUCCAAAAAGGGACAGCUUCCAUUCAUCGAAUUGAAUGGCGAAGAAAUCGCUGACUCGGCAAUCAUCAUCAAGGAAUUGAGCGCCAAGUUCGAAAAGGAUCUAGACGCAUCGUUGUCACAGGAACAACGGAACAUUUCGCAUGCCAUGAUUUCGAUGAUUGAAAAUCAUUUGGUUUGGAUACUGUUUUGGUGGCGAACCAAGUAUCCCGAUCAGUUUUUGAAAGGAUACAAGGUCGAUUUGCAACAUGCAUUGGGUGUUCGCAUUCCGAAUCGAUUUUUGAACUUUUUGUUCCGAUUCACUUUUGGACGCAAGUGGUUCCAGGGUAUCAAGAAAGUUAAAGCACAAGGCAUCGGUGUACACAAGCCAGAAGAGAUCGAAGAAUUCGGAAAGCGAGACAUCAAAGUGCUGUCGGACAUCUUGGCUGACAAACCAUUCUUUUUCGGAGAUGAGCCAACAACGUUGGACGUCGUGUCAUUUGCCGUCCUUUCUCAAUUGCACUUCAUUUCGAAAGAUGUCUCUCUACCACUAAGAGACUUCAUGACAGAAUCGUGCCCGAACAUGAUCGGCCAUGUGUCGCGUAUCAAGGAAAGAUGUUUCCCCGAUUGGGAAGAAAUUUGCUCCAAACUGGAUUUGAAUGCUCAUUUACCGAAGCCAGAGCCUGAAGUUAAGGAAGGCAAAGAAGGUGAAACAGAAAAAACGGCUGAACAGGAAAACAAUGAGUCAGACAAAAUCGAAAAGGAAUUAGAGAAAGAUAAGACCGACGAAAAAGAGAAAGAGAAAACGGAAGAGAACAAGGAAAAGGAGGAGGCUAAAUAAACAUGACCAGAUAUUUAGACAAAAAA